AUGGCCGCCCGAAAGCUCCUCCUUGCAGCUGCGCUCAGCACUGUUGCCCUUUCCGCUCCCCUCGAUGAGCGCCAGAACUGCGGUUCUCAAUGGGCCCAAUGCGGUGGCAUCGGCUUCAAUGGCCCAACUUGCUGUGCCUCUGGCAGCACUUGCGUGAAGCAGAAUGACUACUACUCUCAGUGCCUGCCUGGUCAACAGGUGACGAGCAAUCCUUCUACCCCUACCAGCACGGCGCCGGCGACCACCAAGCCCACCCAGCCGCCAACGACGACGAAACCCGGUAAUGGCGGCACCACCACCACCGCUCCCGGCGGUGGCGGCUCUGUUGGCUACACUGGCAACCCCUUCCAGGGCGUCCAGCUGUGGGCCAACAACUUCUACGCCUCCGAGGUCAGCACUCUGGCCAUGCCGUCUCUGAGCGGCCCCAUGGCCACCAAGGCGGCUGCUGUCGCCAAGGUCCCGAGCUUCCAGUGGCUCGACACCCGCGCCAAGGUGCCCAUGAUGUCCGACACCCUGAAGGACAUCCGCGCCGCCAACAAGGCCGGCGCGAGCCCGCCCUACGCCGGCCAGUUCGUCGUCUACGACCUGCCCGAGCGCGACUGCGCGGCCGCGGCCUCCAACGGCGAGCUCUCGCUGGCCGACGGCGGCGUGGACAAGUACCACGACUACAUCAACUCGAUCCGCGACGUGGUCAAGGAGUACUCGGACGUGCGCAUCCUGCUCGUCAUCGAGCCCGACAGCCUGGCCAACCUCAUCACCAACCUCAACGUGCAAAAGUGCGCCAACGCCAAGUCGGCCUACCUCGAGCUGACCGACUACGCGCUGCGCACGCUCAACCUUCCCAACGUGGCCAUGUACAUGGACGCGGGCCACGCGGGCUGGCUCGGCUGGGACGCCAACCUGAGCCCCGCGGCGCAGAUGUUCGCCGACGUCUACUCCAAGGCCGGCAAGCCCGCCGCCGUGCGCGGGCUCGCCACCAACGUCGCCAACUACAACGGCUGGAACCUGACGUCGGCGCCCUCGUACACGCAGGGCAACAAGAACUACGACGAGAUCCACUACGUGCAGGCCAUCUCGCCGCUGCUGCGCAGCGCCGGCUUCGACGCCCACUUCAUCACCGACACGGGCCGCAGCGGCAAGCAGCCCACGGGCCAGCAGGCGUGGGGCGACUGGUGCAACGUCAUCGGCACCGGCUUCGGCAUGCGCCCGACGGCCAACACGGGCCUCGACGUCGAGGACGCCUUCGUCUGGAUCAAGCCCGGCGGCGAGUGCGACGGCACCUCGGACAAGAGCGCCGCGCGCUACGACUACCACUGCGGCCUGAGCGACGCGCUCCAGCCGGCUCCCGAGGCUGGGUCUUGGUUCCAGGCCUACUUUGAGCAGCUGCUCACCAACGCGAACCCUCCUUUCUAA